CUUCAUUAGUACGAUGACGACCACCAAGCUCACGCACCUUGUCGUGGAUGCGGGUGCCUUGAUCAAGUGCACAGACCUGACCAAUGUGGCCAACAACUUGUGGACGACGAGCGACGUGCUGGCCGAAAUCAAAGACUCCAAAGCGCGCCGGUUCGUGGCGCGCCUGCCGGUGGAGCUCAAGACGCGUGAUCCGUCCGAGAAGGACAUGGAAGCCGUCGUGGCGUUCGCGCGGCUAACUGGCGACUUUUCGUUCCUGUCGCUCACCGAUCUGCGCAUCAUGGCGCUGACAUACAUGUUUGAGCGCGAACUGCAUGGCAUCGACCACAUUCGCAAGACGCCCAAAGUAUCCGAGACCAAAGUCACAGGGCCCAAGAUUCCUGCAUCCAAGGUGCGCUGCCGCUACCUGCAAACGCCCGGUGGGUGCCGCAACGGCGCCACGUGCCCAUUUAGCCACAACCUCAAGGACAAGGCUGCCAACACGGACCCGUUGCCGCCCAUCGACGCCCCAUGUCGUUAUUUCAACUCGGACACGGGCUGCAACGCCGGCGACGCCUGCCGGUUCCAACAUAUUAAAGUGGACACCACCUCGACCACUUCACCCGAUGAUGCCAGCGCACACACGACGUCUUCCCAAGUGGAGGCUGCGACAGUUGAAACCCUAAGCCCCGUCCAAGAAGUCGAAGCGACGGCGUCGGUCGAGUCGGCCGCUCUACCGCCGACGGCCGCCGUCGGUUCGCUGCGCAAUGCCAACGUCAAGUCGCGCAUCCUCAGCGCCGGAUUUGGCGCGUCUACCAACGCCGGAGCAGAAGGCGAUGACGGAAAGAACUGGGUCCACAAUGAUAACAAGGCCGAGUACACCCACAGUCCAUUUGGCAGUGGUAAGCUCACCCAAGCAAUUGACGCAAAUGUCGUUCAAGUCGGGUGCAUCACUACCGAUUACUCGAUGCAGAACGUGCUGCUUCAAAUGGGGUUGCACUUGAUCAGUACCGAUGGCAUGGUAAUCAACCGCGUAAAGCAAUGGGUUUUAAAAUGCGCGGCUUGCUAUAAAACUACCACCGAACUCGACCGCCAGUUUUGCCCCGUUUGUGGCAACAACACGAUGGAGCGCAUCGCGUGCAGUUUGGACAAGGACACGGAGCAGUUGACGCUGUACACACGCGCCAACCGGCCAGCGGUACGCUCGUGGCAGUAUUUAAAAUGGAUUUUAAAUGUUUCGUAGAACCUCCGAGGCUCCAAGUUUUCCCUGCCCAUGCCCACGGGCGGUCGCAGCGGCGACUUGUUGUUGCGAGAAGAUCAGCUCAUGCAUGGGAUUUGGGCCCAGCGUCAAAAGUCGUCGGCCAAGGUGCUCAAGAGUGCGUUUGGCGAACACGUGGCCCAUGAUUUGGGCGUAAAAGCAGAAAAGCAAACGACUAUCACGGUCGGGUAUGGCCGAAUGAACCCAAACUCGCAAAAGGGCCGCGAACGACGGGGCAAGAAGAAGCGCCACACGGACUAGUUCAUACUAUUAUGUCCAAGUUGAGCUUGGUUUUCUAUUGGAUUUAGACGACGGCAAAAAAAAUAAAAAAGUAUAAAAAACGAUGAAUUUUCGAUUCGAAGCACA